CUUCACCGCUAUCAUAUAGUCUUGAUUACCGCUGGCUCUUCCUCUUCUACCCUUUCGUUUCGAUCAUUGUUGUGUUCUUCGAACGAGAGAAGAAACCAUGGCUCGUAACCUAGAAAUGGCGGUAGGACUCCACAAGGGUCACAAAACCACGAAAACAGUGCAGAAACCGAAACCAUCCAGAAGAAAAGGAGCUGGUAACAAAAGGGUCAAAUUCAUCCGCGAUCUUGUGCGUGAAGUUGUUGGAUUUACACCUUAUGAGAAACGUUGCAUGGAGUUGCUCAGGAUAGGCAAAGAUAAAAGGGCCUUGAAAUUUGUCAAGAAGAGGCUGGGAACCCACACCCGAGGAAAGAGAAAGCGUGAAGAAAUGCAAGGCGUCAUUGCUGCAAUGAGAAAACAACAACAACAACAGCAUUAAAUUGUCAAUAAAAGUCUCUUUUCUCUGGA